CCGCCCAUCGCGUCGCAUGAAACAGACGUCACGACGGUAAACAAGAGCAUGUCGCACACACCGACUCGACCAAGAGGUACAGUGUUGGAGAUCGCGUGUUUUACCUGUAGUGUGAACACACACCACUGCCGCCGUGAGCCGGAGCGACACUUCAGCGACUCGUCAUCCGUGUGCUCCGUUUGAGAGAUGAUGAACGGCCAAGCGGACGUCGAGGUUGACUACAAGCGGAAAUACAAAAAUCUGAAGAGAAAGUUAAAAUUCCUCGUUUAUGAGCAGGAAUGCUUUCAGGAGGAGCUGAGGCGAGCACAGAGAAAACUUCUGAAAGUUUCUAGGGACAAAAGCUUCCUCCUGGACAGACUGCUGCAGUAUGAGAGGAUAGAUGAGGACUCGUCGGAUUCAGAAGCAACCGUUUCUUCAGACAACAGCGAAGGAGAAGGGCCCAGGGAGAGGGAGAGGGAACGGGACCGAGAAGGAGCAAAGAAGCGAAGAACUAGUCCUGGGGCGUGUCUUCCCUCCUCAUCCUCCCCUCAUCUCUCCUUGCUGUCCCGUCCUGGUGUCAAUCCACUGCAUUCAUCGGGCUCUGGACCGUACCUCAACACUAUGCCCUUCCCACCAGAGUAUUUGGCUCCCCCAGCUGAACGCAUGAAGAAAGAGAGAAAAACAAAGACGCCAAAAAACAAGAGAGAACCUACAGGGAAGGUUGUCACUCCAAUGGCAGCUAAUUACCCAUCUGCCACUGCGGCUCCUCCGACAGCCAGCAGCCCCUUCAGCUGGGUUCCCAGACAGAUGCUUAGUGGAGAUGCGGCGGAGGAGGAAGGGGAGAGCGAUGGAGACAGCGACAGAGGAGAUGAAGACAGAGGGGAGGGGGACGAGGCAGAACUAGUCAUUGACAUCCCCAACGAGUGAGCGCGUGUGUGUGCGUGCAUGCGUGAAGGUGUAUUUAUAAGCAGGAGAUGGAGAGGUUCUACGUGUGUGUGUGUGUGUGUGUGUGUGUGUGUGUGUGUGUGUGUGCGUGCGUGCGCGCGCAGGAGCAAAACACAGAAUGUGACUGGAUGUAUUUCCAUUUUCAACGGCCCAUUCUACAUUUUCAAAAGGGAACCGUGCUCCCCCCUGUGGACUUUUGCUAAACAGCAGCAUUGCUGUCAUAAAUAUCUCCCACAGAAAUGUCUUUCAUAUAUUUUGUCAAGAAUUAAAACUGUGACAAAAAUAAAGUUUGUCAGCUUUUAAGAAAAAUCUACUGACACCGUGAUGAUCGGAUGCUUUAGUGCUCAGUUUCAAACUUCCUGUUGUCAUCUUUUUGUCUAAACAUCAGAGCAAUGCACAACAAUGACUACAACUAGGUGUGUCCUAUGAACAGGAAGUUUGUGUUUGUUAUUUGUCUUGCAUUGUCCAACCCCCAUCUCAGACUUUGUAUUCUAUUAGAGUCCAGUAAAAAUGAUUGGUACAGGCAGUUUUGACAUCUGUCAUUUGAACUAUUAUGUUGAUAUUAUGAUAAUGAUUCUAUCAUUAAUUCAUUAUGUUUGUAUGAUACUACAUUUUUUCAUAAAAUUGGAAAAAAAAAAAACAAUCAAAGUUUUAUCUGUUAAUGGAAAUGCACUAUUUUUGCACUCACCAAAUUCUGUGUCAGAGAAUAAAAUGUUAAAAGUGAAA